GUGGGACCACGGCGUUGUUACUAAGGCGGCCGCUAAGCGCCACUCGACUUACUAUUUGAAAUAACAAGAUAACGGACUCCAAGGUGCGAUAAGGCGUGACAUGCCAAACGCAGGGCCCAUCGAUAAUGCAACCCAUUCCUCCUCCACGUCGUGUCAUGCGUGUUGUGGUGUUGUUGUUAGAGAGCAAGGGCAGUUCUGUUUUCCGAUGCCACUUUUUUAUGCCAGGCACCUGGCGCCCACGCUCAUCGUGACACCACUUAAUCCGUAUCAAUUACUACUGUACGUCAGCCAGGUACCAGAUGGCCGCGUACGGCCGCCCGCAGCUCAUGGGACUCCAGAGAGAAAGCAGAGUGAUUACCACCACGGCCGCCAGUCGCCUUUCUGGUGCCGCUCAACUGCUAGAAUCUCGAUGAGAGAGCAUGGCAGUUAUACUCAUGACCCUAGCACUCAUAACUUGCGGCAAGGGCAUCCAAGGAAAAGGCAUCAACUCAGUGAUAGGCCCUUACACUGCUUUUGUGGAACGCUUUUACAAUUGUCAACCCGACAACCGGCCACUUCCUUGGACAUGGAAUCUCCGAGUUACUCACUUUAACCCAUAUAAACCAAAAGAGUUGCAACGCCUGACAGGUAAUGUGACGGCUACCUUAGGAACUUUUGAUGACAGCUGCUGGUUCAAAGUAAUUCUAGAUACUCGUUCAAAUAACCAAUGGAAGGAAAACGCCUUUGUCUUCAAUUUUAUUAAGAAUGGAUGUCGGGCUCUUAAAGACAACGCUCCCGGAUAUUACGAGCAGGUUUUAAAGAAAAGAGAAGUGAAAGGCGCGUGCUGUUUUAAACCUGGUGUUUACGAGGUCAACAAUGCUUCAGUGGACUGGAGUUUUCCAAAUGUUCCUAUCCUACCUUAUGGACGGUAUAGAGUUCGAGCAAUGUUUGGCAAAGCUGACGACGACUACACAUGCUCGGUUGCAGAUGCUAGGAUUGUUCCAAAAUCCGACUAGCACCAUGAAUAUCUUAAUGCUGUUUAUUUUUCAGAAUAUCUCGCAAGAUUUUAUGAUUUGUACAUGCUUUUUUGAUUGCAGUAAUAAACUCAGUGUGCAACUGCAAGUUAAAUCUUUGCAAGUGUGCAACUUCAAAUUGAAUACUUACAAGUGUUCAACUCGGCAACUCGGUAAGGUGUGCACUUGCAAGUGUGCAACUCCUCGGUUGAGCACUUCACGAUUGGACUUAUUUACGGAACUGGUAUCAUUCACGUCCAAACGGUUGCUGACAGAUAUACUGUGGACAUGUCGGGUUGCCCCCUAAAAAGUGUACAAGUAAGGAGUUGUACACUAAGUAUUCAACUUGCAGUAACCCGAAAGGAAACCCGGAAGGUAACCCGGAAGGUAAACCGGAACUUGCCAGCCAGGCAUUUCAUUUCUGUUCUCCCGUCUCCCCUCCCCUCUUUCUGCCAUGUUUGCCCCGCAACAGCUCAGGCGAUUACGAUACGGUAAGUUUCUUUGUAUCGACCCUGACCUUGCCGCACACCAUAAAGGGCCCCUUUGUUCGACGCGAGGCACACAACACGACGUGCGACAGGACUCUCUAUAUACCUAUGCGCGCUCGUCUAUGAAAAUCGUGGAGGAGAGGGAAGGGGGAGGGGGUACUCAAGUGCUCUGUUGACACGGUAAGAAAGAGAGAGAGAGAGAGCAAGCGUCCGAAGUGGCAAACGAAUGCGUUCCUCGUCAGCAGCUCUCCUCGCACCAGCCGUCACGGUCGCGGGAGAGACGGAAACGGCACGCCUGUCGCUGGAGAGGCUUUUCAAACGCGCGCGCGCCUGGCGGGGCGGCGCAGGCGUGGCCAGACAAAUCCAUUCCCACGUUAGUCGCAGCAGUCGGCGCGCGCCAGCAGCGGCGAGCAGCCAGCCCACCCACGCAGCGCGAUCACAACGCACU